UGAAACCUCCCCCUGGACAAAUCACAUUGCGGCUGUCAACCUCACCAGGUGGGAUUAGUUGUAGCUAAUAGACUGAGCAAACAGAGCCCUGCACUCAGUUUAAAGCCAAAGCGAAGCCACUGUGGAGGCUUUUCAAGAAUCCUCUUUAGCAUGGCUAAGAAAAACUCCUUCCAUUUACAUCAGGUAAUAUCCUGGUUCACCUUUGCUGUGGCUCUGAAUGUCUGCUUUGGAUUUGUAGCUGAGAGGUUUAAGCAAAGCAGCGAUGUGGUGGAAGAUGUUCGUAUCUCAGUCUUAUCAGAUUCCUCUUCGAUCAAUACUUCUGGCUCCUGCAAAAACAGAUGCUUUGAAAUUCAAGAUGCAGAGCCUCCAGGUUGCCGCUGUGACAACUUGUGCAAGAGCUACUUGAAUUGUUGUGCUGACUGGGAAGAACUAUGUUUAAAGACAGCUGGAGGCUGGGAAUGUACAAAGGAGCGCUGUGGAGAGACACGCAACGAAGAGAAUGCUUGCCACUGUUCAAAUGACUGCCUGUCCAGAGGGGACUGCUGUACGAAUUACCAUGUUGUUUGCAAAGGAGGAGAACACUGGGUUGACGAUGUUUGUGAGGAUAUACGUACACCAGAAUGCCCAGCAGGGUUUCAUCGCCCUCCAUUGAUAAUCUUCUCUGUUGAUGGCUUCCGUGCAUCCUACACAAAGAGCGGCAGAAAAGUAAUGCCCAACAUUGAAAAAUUAAGAACCUGUGGAACACAUGCUCCAUACAUGAGACCUGUCUAUCCUACAAAGACUUUCCCUAACUUGUAUACUUUGGCAACGGGGCUGUAUCCUGAAUCUCAUGGAAUCAUUGGAAAUUCGAUGCACGACCCUGUAUUUGAUGCUGGCUUCAGCCUUCGAGGCCGGGAAAAAUUCAACCACAGAUGGUGGGGAGGCCAGCCUAUAUGGAUUACGGCUGUCAAGCAAGGAGUGAAAGCAGGUACAUUCUUUUGGUCUAACAUAAUCCCUUACGAGCGCAGAAUAUUAACUAUACUACAGUGGCUAACUUUGCCAGAAAAUGAAAGACCUUAUGCUUAUGCAUUCUACUCUGAUCAACCAGAUAUUGCUGGUCACAGAUAUGGUCCCACUGAGGAGAGUAGUUUUGGCUUACCACUUACUCCAUCUAAAAGACCAAAGAGAAAGAUCACUCCUAAGAGGAGACAGAAAAGACGUGUUGAUUCUUCAAAGAGAAGAAGAAAAGUACCUAGAGCGGAACAAUACUCUACGGAAUCCCGUCGGAACAAAAUGUUGCAUCAUACACUAAGAGAGAUUGACAAGAUACUGGGGCAACUAAUGGAUGGCUUGAAGCAGCUGAAUCUCCACCGUUGUGUCAACAUUAUCUUCGUUGGUGAUCAUGGAAUGGAGGAAGCAACUUGUAACAGAACUGAAUAUUUGAAUAACUAUCUGUCUAAUGUAGAUGACAUAAUUUUGAUACCUGGAACGUUGGGCCGUAUUCGUCCCAAAGCUAAUACUAACGUCAAAUAUGACCCGAAAGCCAUUGUAGCCAAUCUAACAUGCAAGAAGAUUGACCAGCACUUCAAGCCCUAUUUGAAGCAACAUCUUCCCAAGCGUUUGCAUUAUGCAAAUAACCGAAGGAUUGAAGAUAUUCAUUUGUUGGUGGAAAGACAAUGGCAUGUGGCCAAGAAGCCUGGAGAUGUGUAUAAGAAAUCAACAGGAAAAUGUCUUUUCCAAGGAGACCAUGGAUAUGACAACAAGAUCAGUAGCAUGCAGACAGUCUUUGUAGGCUACGGACCUUCAUUUAAACACAAGGCAAAAGUACCUCCAUUUGAGAAUAUAGAACUUUAUAAUGUUAUGUGUGAUCUACUUGGAUUGAAGCCUGCUCCUAAUAAUGGCACCCAUGGAAGCUUAAAUCACCUACUGCGAAGCAGUACAUAUAAGCCAGUGAUGCCAGAUGAAGUUGCUAGGCCACUCUAUCCUGUAGCUACAACACCUUCAUCUGACUAUGAUCUGGGGUGCACAUGUGAUGACAAGAAUAGACUGGAUGAACUCUAUCGGCGCCUUCAUGUCAAAGGAACAGAAGAUAAGCACCUCCUUUAUGGACGUCCUGCUGUUCUUUAUCGUACAAAAUACAGCAUCUUGCACCACCAUGACUUUGAAAGUGGCUACAGCGAAACAUUUAUGAUGCCUCUCUGGACAUCUUAUACUAUUUCAAAACAGUCAGAGGUGUCUGGAGUCCCAGAGCACUUGGUCAAUUGUGUAAGGCCUGACCUGCGUGUUUCUCCAAGCAACAGUCAGAGUUGUACAGCAUACAGAGUGGACAGACAAAUGUCUUAUGGAUUCCUAUUCCCACCACAACUCAGUUCCUCAACAGAAGCAAAGUAUGAUGCAUUUUUAAUAACAAAUGUCAUUCCAAUGUAUCCUGCCUUCAAAAAGGUGUGGAAUUACUUCCAACGUGUUUUGGUGAAGAGAUAUGCCAUUGAGCGGAAUGGAGUCAAUGUUAUAAGUGGACCAAUCUUUGAUUAUGAUUUUGAUGGUUUGCAUGACACACCAGACAAAAUAAAACUGUAUGUGGAAGGAAGUUCAGUCCCAGUUCCAACGCACUACUACAGUAUUAUAACAAGCUGUUUAGAUUUUACUCAGCCAGCUGACAAGUGUGAUGGGCCACUGUCUGUUCUGUCGUAUAUAUUCCCACACCGGCCUGACAAUGAUGAGAGCUGCACUAAUUUCUCUGAGGAUGAAUCCCAUUGGAUCGAAGAUCUGUUGAAAAUGCACACUGCCCGAGUUCGUGACAUUGAGCAGCUUACCAGCUUGGACUUCUUCCGGAAGACUAGCCGAAGCUACACAGAAAUCCUUUCUCUAAAGACAUAUCUGCAUACAUUUGAAAGUGAAAUUUAACCUGCUCUUAAACUCAGUCAGUCCAUCCAUCCUCUCAUGAAGUGGUGUAUAUUUUUAUAUUAUAUUUAUUAAUUUGAAACAGGACAUUAAAAUUAUUAGUGUGGUUUAAUAAUCUUGCAUCAAAUCUUAAAUAUAUUAAAAGAUGUGUCAGUUGUUCUUGAUUCUUUAAUGUAGGGCAUAUGGUUUGGUCUUCUUGGAAGAGAACUCUUGGGGCCUCUUGGUCAAGGCUUUCUAAAAUGGUGCUGCAGAAUCAGUUACUUACUUUGAGGAAACUUAAUAUUUUUCCAGCACUCCCUUGCCUCAUUUUUUUUAGUCCUGUACUGUGUAUCAAACGUGUAAAAUGACAAUUACUAUUAACUAUGUGAUAGACAUAUUUAAGCUCCAUAGAGAAUAGAAACUUAAAUAUAAUAAAAUCACACAUUCAGUUUUU